AUGAUGAUUUUGGCCGGGGACGAGUUCAGUUUCGGGAACAAAUGGGGACUAAAUGGGACGGACAGGGAAGGGCCUGUACUAUCGAAGCUGGGCUCGACCUCCGAGCUUCGUCCUAAGCCUGACGCUGAGCCCAAGACAACAGCUAUGCCUCCGACUAGUGUGAUGACUCGGCUCAUAUUGAUUAUGGUGUGGCGGAAACUGAUUAGGAAUCCGAACACAUAUUCCAGUCUUAUUGGGCUCACAUGUUCUUUGGUCUCGUUCAAGUGGCAUGGUGAGAUGCCUACAAUAAUAGCCAAAUCGAUAGCUAUUUUGUCUGAUGCCGAUCUUGGAAUGGCAAUGGGUGCUGGCUCAGCCCAAAAUGAAGGGUGGAACUUCCGUUGUACCCGUGGGUCGGCUCCCGAAGGAAGUUGGGAUUAUCAGUGGGGCAUUGGCUUGGACUCCGGUGGCAACACUUUCAAUUUUGGAUCAGGAUCAAGUCAAGUAGGACAGCAUGGUGGUGGCGGUUUCGGUUAUAGUUGGGGUGGCUCUACUUCCGCUCGCUUCAGCAAUGCUUGUGGUAACUUUGUGUAUGGAGGAGGCGGAAGUAGGGGUGAAAGUGAAGGCGGAGGAGGGGGCGGGGGAGGAGGAAGGUCUCCCUCCGGUCGACCAACAUCGAUUUCCCCUCAAACCAGCAGCCUGGGUGUUAUUAAGAAACAUAAAGGAAUUUAUAUUACACUAGAGGCGUAG